CCAGAUUCUCCAAAUUACUAUAAACCAAUUUCCCAAACCUGCGAAACCUCCUCUAUCCCCCACCUAUCCUUCGAAACCUUGCCCCUCCCAUCUCUACCUCAUCUAGACAAAAGCAUCAGAAACAAUGCCCCGCCCAUACGACCCCCGCCCCCACAAACGCAAACACGACGACGACAACGACGACGACGCCGCGGCCGGCCGCAACAAAAAGUUCUCCGCCCGCAAGAAGUUCCCCGUCAAGGAGAAGGAUCCGGAUUUUGUCUCCGUCAACGAGCUCAAGAAGCGCAUCCGAGCCGUCAAGCGCCUGCUCGCCAAACCCGACCUCCCCGCCGAUGUGCGCGUCACCCAGGAGCGCGCCCUCAAGGGGUACGAGCACGAGCUCGAGACGGAGACGCAGAACCGGGAGCGGGAUGGACAAGACGCAGAGCGCAAGAAGCAGAGUCGGGAGCGGAACAAGAUGAUUAAGAAGUAUCAUUUUAUUAGGUUUUUGGAACGCAAAACAGCCACCAAAGAAAUUGCCCGACUCGAACGCCUUCAGAAAGCCCUGACGGAAAACACCGAGCUGGACGCGGCAACCAGGGACAAGAAGCUCGCGUCCGUGGCGAAGAAGCUACACGUGGCGAACGUGAAUCUCAAUUACACGAUUUACUUCCCGUUCAUGGAGAAAUACAUUGCUUUAUAUGCGGAUGGGAAGAAGAGUAAGAAACCGGCAGAUGGGGCGGAGGAGACGGAGCCAAUCGAGGCAGAUGAUGCAGCGACGGUAGCGGAGAAGAACGCCAUGUGGAAGACUGUGGAGCAGUGCAUGAAGGAUGGCACGCUGGAGGCUCUGCAGAAGCGCAACAUGGACCAGGACAACACCGCCGAGACGUCAGAGUCGGCAGCCCUCAAGUCAGAGAAGAUUACGGAUAAGAGCAAGAAGACUUCGCGCGAUACUUCCACGGAGAAGAAACCGAGCGCGAAAGCCAAAACAGACGACUGCACGAAGCAGAAAAAGUCGAAUGCCAAGCAGGACGACUACGAGAUGCCUGAUGCCGGUGAGGAGAGUGACGGUGGAUUCUUUGAAAUGUGACGGAGUGGGCUAUUGCUUUAUCUGCCAGCGUUGAUGAUGCAUUUGCAGGAGUCGGUACUUUCUCUCGUUAUGGUUUCUGUUACUCUCAAUCUCAUACUGGACAAACUGGUUUUAUCUACUCGUCAGCCAUAAGAUACCCAAAUCAAGACUAU